CUACCCAGAGUCAGGAAACGUAAACUGUGAAGUGCCGCCGGCUGCAGACGAAUCGUUAAGAUACUCUGGAGCUACUAAAGCCGUAAUGGAACCUGGACUAAAGUUUUUCUGGCUCCUGACUCUGAGUAUAAAGGCGUUUGGCCAUAAACAAGGUGUCAUCAAAGUGAAAGUUGAAGAAGGGAGUGAUGCCAUUUUGCCCUGUUCCCUCAUCACCAAGGAGAACAUUGAGUCGAAGCUGUUUGAUUGGAAGAAGGACGGUCAGAUGGAAGUUUUCCUGUAUGAUAAUGGCAAUAAUUAUAAUAACGGCCGCUUAGGUCAAGAUGACCAAUUCAACGGUCGCGUCUCACACUUUGAAAAAGAACUGAAGUACGGCAACGCCUCCAUACUCAUCAGACAUACGAAGAUGGCUGACAGUGGAAACUACAGCUGUGAUUUUCCACGUCUCCGGCAAAUAUUUCGCAUUUGGCUUGUUGUUGAUCGUGACCCACAGCGCCCUACCUUAGAAGACAAAUCAGGAAAAAUCCUUGGUGCGGCUCCAAAGCCAUGUAUCACCAUUGUUAAUAACACAGAGGAUGGGAUGCUGCUGAUGUGUGAGGUUUUCAGAGCUUUUCCAAAGCCGACACUGGAGUGGCUGGACAGUGAUGGAAAUGUCCUCCCUGCUGACCAGCAACACGACCCAGAAAGAAGCGGCCACUACUACGUUACCCUCCUCAUCACUGUGACCAAACGCCUCCGCUGUGUAGCCAAGCAGGAGGCCAUCGACCACAUGACUGAUGCAGAGAUCCAUGGACUUGUCUGUGGUGUUUCAGAGAAUCUCUUCACUGCCAAAGAAUGGAUGCUGGGAAUUUUGGUUGGAGUUGCUAUUGGAGUUUUUUCAACUCUUAUAGUUGUGUAUCUACUUCUAUCUCUGUGUGGAGCUCCGAAAUGUUUCACAAAACAAUCCAACAAAGAUUCAGAAAAACAAAAUGGUACUUCAGGAAAGACACAUCAAUGUACAAAUGGUGUUUCAGAAGAGCCGUCCUUUUAACAGUUAUUAACACGUGUAUAGUUUUAUGGAGUUUUUUGAU